AUGCCCUCGACUCCGGUCCGCCCUCUCUCGAACCACCUCGUGAUCACCACCCACAACCUCUCCCAGGCACAUAACCGAGGGUCACCCCGGUCUGCCAAUGCCAGCAACAACCAGCACAAUGUCUUUAAAGACCCAAACCGCCCGCCUGUGGAGAAACGACACAGCUAUGGACCGAGCUCUUUAGGACCUGGAGCCUCUGGUCUCAGCGGCAACGGCGGUGGUGGCGGUCCCUUCCACGGACAUGGCCAUCUCGGACACGGACACGGCCUCGCUCGGUCCAGGCAGAGUCUGGCCUUGACGCUGCUGCGAAUCCUGGCGGGCGUCCCUGGAUUGUUGGGAUUGAUGUAUAGUCUCUCAGCUGCUAGGAAUAAUAAGUUCUUUGAGGAACAGGAAGAGCAGCAGCGUUAUCGGCAUCGAGAGGGCUCUUAUCAAAGCGUUAGUCAGGAGCUUUCUUUGACAAAGUCGGACUUUUGGAUCGCGAGCAUGUAA